GCGUAGUCAACCAGCAGCUUAAACUUACUGUGUGCGUCUUCCUCUCUCAGUAGCUGCUUACCGACCACAGAGUGAGGAUGUAUGCAGCAUCGGCGUUUGUGUUACUGGGCAUGGUGGGUGUGGUGUGGGGCGGCUUCCCCGUUGUGACCCCCACUGUGGGUCAGGUCUGGCCUCUCCCGCAGAUGACUGUUUCCAAGGACACCUACAUGGUCGUCAGACCUGAUACCUUCAAGUUCGACACUACAGGUUACGACUGUGACAUCCUGCAGGAAGCUAUUAAAAGAUACAUCAGUAUCAUCUUCCCCUCGUCUGACGUCAUGAAGAAAGGUAAAAAGCAGCCGUGGCGUAAGGACGCAGGUUUCGUUAGCUACUUAGACAGCCUGCAGGUGAACCUCAUGGCUGAAUGUGAAGAUUAUCCUCACCAGAACAUGGACGAACACUACCAGAUCGAGAUUAACAAUGAAGACGCUGGGUCAGUAGGUAGCCUAGUCUCUCAGAGCAUCUGGGGCAUCCUGAGGGGACUAGAUACAUUCUCCCAGCUGCUGAUACCUGAUGGUUCAGACUAUAUUAUUAACUGCACCAAGAUUGAGGACUUCCCCAGGUUUGCCUACAGAGGCCUGAUGCUGGACACAGCUCGACACUUCCUGCCAGUGAGCAAGAUCGAGGAGACGCUGGACUUAAUGGCCAUGAACAAGUUCAAUGUCUUCCAUUGGCACAUCGUGGAUGACCAGAGCUUCCCUUAUGUCAGUGCUGCCUUCCCUGACCUCAGUAAGAAUGGUGCCUACAGUCCCAUCCACGUGUACACUGCUGAGGACGUGGCCAGCGUGGUAGAGUAUGCCAGGCUCAGGGGCAUCCGAGUCCUUCCAGAGUUUGACACUCCAGGUCACACACAGUCGUGGGGUCCUGGUGAACCUGGUCUACUUACACCAUGUUACAGUGAAUCGGUUCCGGAUGGAACUUUCGGUCCAAUUGAUCCAACUAACAACAACAAUUAUGGAUUCCUGAAGGAUUUCUUCACUGAGGUGACAAGCCGCUUCCAUGACCACUACGUUCAUCUAGGUGGUGAUGAGGUCAGCUUCAACUGCUGGUGAGUUGCAGUAGUGUGA